GAGAGAGAGAGAGAGAGAGAGAGAGAGAGACAGCUGAGACAUCCGCCGGAGGAGCAGACAGACAGACUGCGGGAGUGUUGCCGGGUGCACGGACAGCUCCAGGACACACGGCUGAAAUGGGAGUCGAAAUCGAGACUAUAACCCCGGGCGACGGAAGGACUUUCCCCAAAAAAGGACAGACGUGUGUGGUGCAUUAUGUUGGCUCCCUGACAGACGGACGUAAGUUUGACUCAUCUCGUGAUAGGGACAAGCCUUUCAGGUUCAAGAUCGGCAAGCAGGAAGUGAUCCGAGGCUGGGAAGAGGGUGUAGUGCAGAUGAGUGUUGGUCAAAGGGCGAAGCUGACCUGCUCACCUGACUACGCUUAUGGAAACAAAGGCCACCCGGGCAUCAUUCCUCCUAACGCCACCCUCAUCUUUGACGUUGAGCUGCUGGGUCUGGAAUGAAACAAAUUCACUGCCUAUUUUUUGUUUUGUUUUGUGUGACUUCCUACCUGGGUGACCUGGAGAGAAGCUAGGAGAGUCUGCACUUGAUUCUAUAAGAGGCUCGAGUCUAUAGUUCCACAACUUAUUUCAUCAAACUAUGACAGUUUGUUUUAUUUUAUCUCUGUGACUGAGUGAAUUAUAUUUUUCCAUCAUAUUCUUCCUCCUAAAAACUAUGGGCCAUAACCUUACAAACCUCCAUGUUCUUAAUCUUGAAUCUUUUUUUGAAUUGCUCUUUACUUUUCUUUGUGUUUGGUUGUGCAUGGUUUCGCUGAGAAGUACAAAAUACCAAUGAAUCACUAGCAGCGACAUUUAGUAUUAUAAUGUUUGAGAGCUGGUGCUUGUUUUAUUACAGAAACAAAAAAGUGUAGAAAAGCAAAAUGAAAAGCACACAUUUGUAUCCCUAUCCAGCUUUAAAUCAGAACAAAUGAAAUGAGUUUCUGUUAGAGAGAUAAAGCUUAGUGUUGAAUUUAGUGGCUACCUGUAGUGAAAUGUGAAGUCAUGGGAGGCCUUAAUGGUGCAACACAGGAACGGAGUUUGAUACAUAAAAUGCCCAUUUCUCUAUAGUACCACUGUGUUUUCUUUUUCAUUUAAAUUGUGAACCGGCGUGUGAGCUAGAGAGGGGUAAUUGGCGCAAGGGAGAACCAAUCACAUGUAGAUAGUUCUAAUGUGUGCCUAAAUAUUCUCUCCAGGCACGUGGUUACUACCUUGCCCUGUCUGCAUGUUUUAGGCCCAGGGGAAACCCUAGUAUGUACAUGUUGAAAGCUUUGCAUCCGAUUUAAAUUAUUAUUGCCUUCUCAUCUCGCCAAGUCUUUAAACCCCAUUUAAAGCCAUACACAGGUUGAACACUGCGAAGACAGGAUUUGCGUUGAUGCACAUGAAUUGGAGUUUGUUAUUUUCUUCUUAGAAAAAAGGGGAAAUGCUUGAAAUUUACAAAAGGGGGUUGAGGAAUCAAUCAAAUUGUGGCCUCCCCCAACCUUAUUUUGUGUAACAACUACAAUCAUGUAUUUUUCAGAUGCCAACUUUCUAUUUCUGAGAAUCAACAAAGCUAAUGUGUAACCUAUGAUGGAAGAUAAUGUUUUUUCUUUGUUUGUUUUGCCAGUGUCAGUAAAGUACCACACUGCCUAACUGAAGUCUGUGUUGUGGUAGAAAAAAAAAAUGCUGACACACAGGCAUCCUAGUGGUUUUGUAUCUCAAAUAAGUAGUUUUAAAUGGAGUUUAAAUGAAGGAAUAUGCUGCCUGGCUGUCAGAUAUUGACCGUGGCUGUCGAUGUUACAUAUUGGCCAAGCUGCAACUGGUGUGGCAGCAGUCCACCUCUGUACUGUGUAGUUAUUUGCUGAUACGUUACUGUAUGCAGGCUAAACCAAUGAUGAGAUAUUUAAAAUAAAAGAAGUGCUCUCCA